AUGAACGACAUUCUCUCGUUGUCGAACGUGACGUCAGCGUGGAACCUGAGCGACGACGACGACGACGUCGGCAACCAGACGACGCGUCACCGUGUCGACCUUGGCGCGGCCGUCAAGAUCGUUCUCUACUCGAUCAUCUUCGUGCUGUCGAUCACCGGAAACGCGCUCGUCAUCGUGACCCUCGUGCAGAACAAGCGCAUGCGCACUAUCACCAACGUGUUCCUACUCAACCUGAGCGUCAGCGACCUUCUCCUGACCAUCUUCUGCAUGCCCUUCACGCUGACCGGUCACCUGCUGCAGGACUGGAUAUUCGGCGGCGCCAUGUGCACGCUCAUCAUGUACUUCCAAG